UUUCAAUACAAUUUGCUUCAUUCUAACACCAUGUUUAUCAGGAUGAAGCCUCCAGAUUGCCAUCAAUGGGAUGGGGUGACUGAGGACAGUCUCUUUCUAAAUGAUGGGUUGUUGCGUGUGGCAGACUUGAUAACCAUUCCCCCUGAAAUAUGCUCAGCAGAUUCAGCAUCUAACAUAACUUGGGAUGUUGAGACAUCGAUUGAGCUGUCUUCCCAUCAGCUUGCCAAGCAAAUAGAAAAAAUGUAUUGCUAUAAAUCGAGUUCAUAUCAAAGAUUUCAAGACUACAGACUCUGUGCGCUUAAAGGAUUUUGGGAAUCUUUAAAAUCCGAGCAAGAACUGGAACCAACUGUUUCUUCUACAUCAAUAGCCCUGAAAGCUCAAAAUACUUCUCCCCUACCUUUUACAUCAAGAGUGUCAUUACUUUUGAUUUUUCCAUUACUUGAGGUUCAGAGUGCAACCAAUCCUGAGUUAUGUAAAUCAACAUCCAAACUAUUGAUUGAUUGUCUGAAAGACUGUAAGCCACUCUCAUUGGCUAAUGAACCACAAGAUUGCCUUGAUGGCUUAGAAAAUUUGCUCUGCAAAUGGAUUAAUGACGGAAAGUUUGUAAGAGCAGACCAAGAGAAGGCCUGCUUAGCAUCAACAUUAGUCAUUUUAGCAUGUGCAAGGGGUUCGAUAAGAAUGAUGCUAUCUACACUGCAUACUGUUCAGAAAUUAAACUGUCCAGAUCUUGAUGUCAGCAGAAUGUUAAGAGAGCUUUUAGAGACGAGUGGUGGGCCGGGGGUCCCAACCUCGCUAAAUGGGAGCCUACAUCACCUUUGCUGGGAUCAUAGUGAUGUCAUAUCAGUGCCGGCUGAUAUCAACUCUUCUAAAGAAAAUAACAAAAAUAAAGAAGUACCAAGAACUCUUGGGACUGAUGGAAAGUAUCUCUACAUGACGGGUUGCACUGGAGCUGGACUUGCACGUAUUGGGACCGGCAGAGCGGGAACCCUGCGUGGGGUAGUGUAUGCUCGUAAUCUUCAUAUUGACCAGGGUUGGGUCACAUAUGCUGAUGGGAACCUCGUCUAUAGAACUGCAAGUGCUGACACUAAAAGCUCCCCUUUUUGCCAGCUUCUCAACCCCUCGACACUUCAAGUUGAAUGUGAUGUACAACUCAAUGGAAUGUCCCCUGCUAUCAGUAACUGUAACAACAGCACAACUACUCUAGCACUAUGCAGCGACGGUCUCUACAUUUACUGGAUUACCUGUUCGUCUGUGGUGGUACGGUCGGGUCCUAGCAAAUCAAACAAGUCUCUCACUAUCUUUGUAGAUGUGCUGAAUUUUGAGAGAAAUGAAGCUGGGGCACUGGAGCUGGUUCCUGUCAGGGAUAGGAUUACUAUUCAGAGAAAGGAUAUUGAGGCUAGUAAAACGCUGACGGAGGCUCUGAUUGAAAAACUUAGACCAGUUCGAUCAAGCAGUGCUAACAUGGCACUUGAAGCUAUCCAGCUUCUAGCAGCUACUGCUAAAGAUGAUAAUGCUCAGACAAGUUGUGGGCUGACACUGAAGGUACUGAGGAAAACACCCAUGUACACGUGUGGAAAUCACCUGGUGAUGGUGAUACCUACUUCCAGUAACUCCCGUUCUGGGCAACCCUCUGCUCUCUUUGUACCUGCGCUGUCGGUAGCUGGUCCCUCUAAAGACACUCCAGGAAUAGCUACGAGUCUGUGUUUCUCCCUUACUGAUGGACAGUUGGAUCAGCGUGUUGAUCUGUCAGAUGCUCCUGGGUGCGCUCUUGCUAAGGGUUCUUCCUUGUGCAGCAUGGGAGCUUGUUAUGAUGUAGAAAACAACACAAUCUGGACGUGUAGUGACGAGUGGGUUGAAGAGUGGGGUAACCCUGGUAACAUGGCCCCCCACCACAUAGCACGCAGACUGGGUAUCGUCCCCAUCCCCUCCCCUGAUUCUCUUAUCAGUAUGAACGAUGUUGUCACAAUCCUUCUCCAUCAUCUAGGAAGCACGUGCUGUCACCAGAUAAACACGGACCAGAAGUUAGUCCCGGACAUGACACCCCGCUACCUGGAGCAGCUGUCUGACAUUCUGAGCAGUGUGACGAGGAACGAACAGCAGCUACACUGUGUCCUGGUCCUCCUUAACCUCAGCAUGCAGAGUCUAGAUUGCGUGACUGCCGAGCUGGUUGACAGUAUUACUAUUCUCAGAGAACAGGUGUGGAAGAUACUGUCAAGUAACUACAGUGAAGCUAUCCUGAAAGCAGCCAGCAAGAUCCUCAGCAACAGUUUCGAACUGUUUUACAGCAGCGAGGAGUCCCAACAUGUCAUGGUAGUAGAACUUAUCAAAGCUUCACAGCACGUGGGUUGCCAAAUACUGCAGACAAGCGUGUUCAGCCACAUUCGUGCGCAGCUCGAUUCUAGUUUAGCGCAGGAGCGCUCUGCGUGGUGCGCGCAGGAAAUAGUUGAUACGGUGUUCAGCGCUGCGACUGCUGAAAGUUGCACCUUGAUUGGAAAUGUGGUGACGCUGGGUAACGAUGCAUUCCAAUCUCUUGUCUCCCAUAUGCCGCAAAGAAGUCCCUGCAUCUCACUGCUGGGCAGCAUACAAUCUCACUUGUUCCGUUACUCGCUCUCUCAUCUGGACAACAAAGAAACAACUGCUGAUCUAUUUAACUAUGUAAAGUUCUCACUGCAGCACUGCCGCAAGGUAUACGACACAGUACUAUCAGUCUGCACCGGACUGGACGAGCUGGAGACAGUCCAUGUGGAGACACGUCUCAACAUGUUUGAGCGUCUCAUCAAGAGCAGCAUCCUCGGUCUCAUCCUGCCUCCAAUGCUCUGUCUCCUCUGUGAUAGGAAGCUUCACACUCUGGGAUUCAGUGAGAACCUCCUGCAGAUGUUCAGUGAUGUAAGCGUUGUAGCCUGUAAAGCCGCUACAGCAGUUCACGACAAGAUGAAGCUCCUCUCCUCUGACUCAAUGAUUAUCGAAGAAGGAGGAGAAAGAUCGGAGCAGUUCCAGGAGUAUCUGUCCUCCCUGUCCGUACCAGCUCCGUGGGCUGCUGGCCGAACUGUCGAGACCAUACACCCUGUACGAGAUAACUACAAGUUUAAAGACACCGUUACUAUACCAGGUGCUAGAAGCUUGUAUCUGAGAUUUGAUCCUAGGUGUGCUACACAGUACGACUAUGAUAAGGUGAUAAUCUAUGCGGGGGCAAGCACAAGCUCUCGCAAAGUCUCAGAGUACGGAGGAAACACGUACGGGUUUGGUAGUCGGAGUGUCUUGGGAUCAGGUUGGCCAACCGACCAGAUCAAGGUUGAAGGAGACACGGUUACAUUCUCCUUCGAGAUGAGAAGUGGUAGAGAACACAACACACCUGAUAGAGCUAUCUGGGGCUUCGCUUGCUCGGUCAGGGCACAGGAGUCAGGUACUCAGCGAGCUUUAAGAGCAGAAGAAGACAUGUUGGGAAUGCCUGUGUUAGCGGACACUGCCCUCGGUCUCAGCACUCUGUCGUGUCAUGCGCUGCGCGUGCUUUACGAGGGUCCCAUUGCCAGUGAUGAGGAGAUACUUUGCAAAGACCUGAUGGAAAGUCGACUCCUUCAGAGGUGUGUGUGGAAGGAGGCUAACGUGGGUUCCUUAAUCCGAGACACAGGAGUUACUGGUGUUAUCAUUGAUAAACUGAGAAUAAUGUGCGGCAAACCUGGUCCAGUGUUCAGGCCCUCUCUCAAGACGAUAGUGCAGCCCGAAGAGAUCGAGAUAGCAGUUAUAGCUGCUGCGAUGAAGCAUCUCAGAUUUGAACUGAAUACUGAAAAUUUGGAGUUAGACAAUGAUACUGCAAGCUUAGUCAACAAGGUAUUAACCCGAUUAAACGCGAUGCUGAGAAAACUACAAAACCUAGCGGAGCUAGAACAGCGGUGGGAUAACGAGAAGAAGGACAUGGCCAGCAGCACAGGUCGGUCUCCUGGUGAGGGGUUCUUUGUUAACUACCACCUGACUGAGAACAAGCUGCCUGAACUGGAGAUGUUGUGUUUUAUAACCGGAGCUAAGUUCGAGGAGGAGGACCCGGAACUUAGUGUUAAGGAGCUCAUUGUCUUGGUUGGACAGGAGAAGGAGAAAGAGGACAUGUCCAAGACGAAGUGGUUGUUGGGAAUGUUACGUGAGAGACUGUCAGUGUUGAUGAGUGUGGAUGUUAUCACGGACCCCGUGUUCGAUAGAACCACAUCACUAGCUCACGUGAUCCCGGAUCAGGAGUCGGAGGUGGCGUUUAACAGGAGUAUCUCCGCUCCCAGUUUACUCGAGGGUAAACACGAGGAUGAUGAAAUCUUGAUACGUCCUGAAUCACGGACGGUAGCACAAGAUUUACAAAAGUUGAGGAAGAAGAAACAAGAGAAGAGGCAUACUGGGUACAAUGUAACCGGAACUGACGAGGAAUCGACCGGACCAGUGGACGAGCUCUUCAAAUUCAUUGGGUGUGAUCCUAAUAAAGCGAUAUCCUGCGAAACAUUCCUGUCUGCUGCAAAGCUGCGACAUGCUCGGGGUAAAGCUAGAAGCAAAGCUUUGAGGCUGAUGCACCAACUUCUCACUAAAGCUGACCAAGCUAAAUCUGUGACCCAUCUUGUUCAAGACAUUGCGAUGAUGUUGCGUUGUGGACCACGUUGCGAGGAACUAUAUUGUGGGGGAAUGACGGAACAAGUACGUGAUGACUUCAGCUCGACUCUCCAACUCCUAGUGAAACUAACUGCGUCUCAUUUGGUACAAUGCAGUGAGACUGUCGCCCUUAUCUGCAUCAUACCUUUCUCUAGGACAGAUGACGCAUGCUUACUGACCAGUGGGUUACUCAAGCUAAUUGAUACACUAUUGGCCGGUUCUAAAGGAUCCAACCAUGAUGUCGAAGCAGAACAACAGAUAUCUUCAGUCGCUUGGGCUGGAUUUAGGGUGUUGGCACAUCGCUGUACAUCAUGGGAAAGUCAAGAUCAAUCCUGGGAGAUCAGUGCCCUGGCAAGUCAAGUAGCUAUGGUGCUAACCAACCACCUGGCUCGAGCUAUUGAUACCGCAGGAGUUCAAGAUACUUCUGGAAACGACAUCCUUCAUAACGUUCUUUCGCUGCUACUCAAACUUUCUAAGACUCGACUGGGACAAGCUAUCAUAUCCCAAGCAGUGUGUAUCUCCCACCUGCUCUAUCUGCUAGUGGACCACCGACCGAGCCCGAAACUAGUCCUUACUGUUCUCCAGCUUCUCCGUCUAGCACUCCCUCUCCUCUCCUCAAACCAGAGCUCCCUCGUAUCUCUCCCUACUGCAGUUCAGGGGGACAGUGCUGCUACUAACAUCAUACACUUACUAGUUGAUAAACUGGGAGAGUAUCUCGUGCCAGGUUCUCCAGCGGAGACAGUUAAACUGACACAGAUCCUGACGAGUCCUAACAACGAUAGCAGGACAGACCCGUGUGCUCAGGAUCCCAGCAAGGUUAUCAGUUUCAACCAGCGGGUAACUGUCUACAUACACAAACGCCCCAAUCAGCAGCCUCACGAGGUUAUACAGCCGCUUAUCAGUGCGGACACGAGGUUGUUCUCACAGACCACCUACAUGGAGAAGAUUAUACAGAUGGACAGAAGUAUGAGUCAAACUGGCAAGGCUGAACUCCUGACUGAUGAGUUCAGGGUUUGUGCAAGGAAAGCAGCGAAGUGGGCUGCCAGUGGGUUUAUCAUCUCGAUAGAGCCGCCAGCUGCUGACGAUGGUCAGGGCGAACAGAGACACCAUAACACGGAACAUCUGUGUUACGAGAAGAACAAAGAGAUAUUGAGAACUGAUCCAGUCAGACCGUUUAUAAGUGGGCAGGUUGCCAGCUCGCUGGCUAGCAAGGUCAUAUCUCUUCUCCACGCUCUCUUGACGACCAGCUCCUCUGUUCUCUGGACCAAAGCUAUUGAGCAGGUGCUCGGUUCAUCUCUGUUGAAAGGAAGUGAUCUUAUCAAGGAUCUGAAGAACACUGCUACCGCUAGUUCCUCCGCCACUACCAUCUCGCUGCUGAGGAACGCUCGUCGUCUCAUGGCAGUUCUGGCUGCCCUCGGGGGAUUCAAGGAAUAUAUUCGCACUGGAUCACACGUCCAGAUAAAAGGAGAAGUAAUAACUGAGGGUGUUGUUACUGCUUUGUCCGAAAGACAAGGUGUUGCAAGUGUACUGGAUGAUAAAGGAGUCGAGAUGAGCUGCCCCAUGGCCCGACUAAUGCCGCCAAGAAAAGAGGUUCUACCGAUAGAUAGUUUGGAUAUAACGACGCAGCUAGUAGACAUGCUCCACAAGUUUAUCAAACUAACACUCCCUCCUGAACCUUCCUCUGGCGACGCCUCCUCCCCUUCACACGUCGCUUGCAGAAUUUUAGCUGAGCUGAAAACUCGAGCAUUCAUGGUGUUGAGUCUGGAGGUAAGAGACCCAGCAUUUGCUGACGAAUUCCUCAAUUUGAACAACGACAUCACAGAAACCAUGUCAUCUAUUGCACAUCUGUGUACAUCAGGAAACAGAUUGACGGUGAUAGAAGCCUUGUGUGAACAUCUCAGGAUGGUCUAUCACGACUGUGCUCACCCGCCACCUCCUCCAGUUCCCAAGAAACAGCCCCAGAUGAUCCAGACAAAGUGGGAGAGUAACUGUGACUACCCGAUAGUACGGGGUACCAUAUUCUCACAGUACGGCACGUGUCUCCACUUCCUGGGUGACGUCACACCACCUCCUGGACAACCUAAAGGGGUUCUUAUUUACGCUAACUCCCGCAUACCCUCAUCUGCAACAUCCUACUACUACGAGAUCCAGCUGCUGCAGAGUGGUGACACACCUGAUGAACAGGGUGGUAACAUCGUCUCCUUCGGGUUCGCACCCCCUCCACCCUCCAACCCAACCUCCUCCUGGACAAACCCUUCCGGGACUGUUCUAUUUCAUAGUAACGGCAGGGCUUAUCAUUACUGCGGCCCUACUAUCCUCGCUUGGAAGAGUGUCAGGCUGAAUUGCUCUGUGAAAGUUGGGGAUAUUGCCGGUAUCGGCUGGACAGCUGCAAACCCAGCUGUUGGUCGUGUUUACUUCACCCUAAACGGUGCUGUCCUACAAGGGGAGCAGCAAGACGUUCCUGCUGGUCUCUUCCCUGUCAUACAUGUCCACAGAAAGGGCGUUAGAGUAAGAGCUAAUUUCGGAACCCAGCCCUUUAAAUACACACCUUGCGAGACCCCCAACGAAGGAACACCGGCUGUGAGCCCUGCUGCUAGUGAGGAACGGCUCAGCGAGAUCCUCCCCAUUGGUGCUUUCAGUGAGACUGAAAGUGAAAGCGAAAGUGUUGGUGGAGGUGUGACGUCAUCACGAGCUGGGAGUGCCGCUAAGAUCCCAGUUCAUGACGCCCCACAACAGCUACCCAUGCCAGAGUACAACACCAGUUCCAGCUCCAAGUGUAAACUUCCUGCUGGUUACACUGCCCUGGUAGAGACUGGUCCUAAUACCAAAGGGAGUAUAGUGGAUGACGAGGAGGCAGUGCUAGAAGAAGAGGUGGAGGAACAGAGACAAGACCAUUAUGCUCUCUUGGUACGAGCAUGGGAAGCCAAGGUGUUUCCUGUAAUCAGAAGAAGGUUCCGGAACGAACAAGAGAGACGAUCAGGUCUGGAACAGAUCAAAGGAGCCCUGCUCUUGGGUAUGACUGAGAUCGCUUGUCAAACCGUAGACUUCCUGUAUGAAGAUAACGGUGGGAGACCCAAGGAUCUGGUCCUGCCUACUCUAGAUGAUAUCAAGGAGGACCUCGCUAAAUUUACUAUAGAUCGGAUAAGGACAGGGAUGACGGUGGUAAUUAAACCGGAUCCUAACGAGGGCAACAAGUUUAGUGUCAGAGGAAUGCACUACACGUACGGUCUUCAUGGCAUCGUCCUUGCUGUUGAUUAUUCUAACGAGUUGGUGCAAGUGGAGACCUACCUGAGACAGGAAGGUAUUCUGGUAAGGUACUGGUACCCUCUAGCUGUGUUGGAGCGACCCAUACACCAUCAGAUGAGCGCUGCUAGCACGUGCAAUGUGGACGUCAAGGACUGCGUCGUGCACAGGCAAAUGUUGUACCACGAGAACAUUCUAGCAAACCUGUACUGUCGGUCGGCUCUGCUGGCUCUGGUGGAGAACCCGCGACCUUUCUUUAGACUGCCUCGACAGCUGAGCUCCCGGGCCACCAGUCACACCACCUCCCCAACUGACGAUCAGGAGUCUUGUAGUUCCUCCUCCAUCAGCCUUCCUCUCUCUGGAUUUACCUCAGACAAUCUCGAGCCCCCUAACACGGAAUACGUUAAUAUGCUUUCCAAAGAGCUCCUCAGAGGUCCUCAACCAAACGGCACCGUCCCGCCUCUAACCGAGUCAUGCUCCAGAGGGUCUCGACAAGUCCUCGAUUACAACAGUCUCAUUCCUUCCAGACUUUUCUACAGCAAUAGCAGUAGACUAAAGGACGCUUUACAUAAGAUGAUCAGUAAUUCUGUGACCGAGGAGUGCUCCUUGAUGUCGCUUACUGCCAGAUUCUGCAAAGUUCUUAACGAUUCUCCGAACAAGUUUACGAUGGAUACAGUCAGAUUAACAGACAUGAAGGCGAGCUACGACGUUAAUUUCACUAACGCGGCGUACAUAUACGUUUCCUGCAGGAUAACGUCUCUUGAUGAGAAGAGCAGUGACAACUACCCCAAGUGUCCAUGGAUCAGAGUGUUUGCACAUAACGGUAUACAAGGUUUAGCUAGGGACGGUCAGCCGCUCCGACAAGAAGUGGUACACUACCCCUAUAACAGUACCACAUACAGUACCGCCUACCAAGAACCAGCUGCCGUCUCAGUUCAGAGUAUCGCCAGGUUCCCUACUGUUAUGAUACCCUUUGAUAGGGUCCAUGUCAGAACUAUUUCCAGUACUCCUUCUCCACCAGUACAGGUCCACCUACACAGCGUCCCUGCAGAGUUCUGUCUAGCUAUGUCCUACAUUGAGACUCUGAUAGAAGUGGCCAACACAGACCAGUGUCCUACAUCUAUCCUACUGUACUGUGCUGAAGCAAUGUGCAAAGUGCUGUUACGUGUCGAUCUUGUGCCUCCCAUCAAGGAGUUGCUGUUCCAUUGUCUUGCAGAACUGAUCCGUCUCAUCCCUACCAACACUCCUGCUCUUGUGUUCCCUAACACUAAACUCAAACCCUUCCUAUCUGAACUACUCUCACUCUUCUCCCACGAGCUUAAAGCUAAUGGAGUCAGUAAGAAGAAAGAAGUCAGUUCUCUCAAGGACCUCAGAGUUUCUACCUACUUCCAGGGACUAGUGGAGUUGGUAUUUGCCCUGCGAGAGAUUGUCGCUGAACCGCUGACAUCCCCUAAAUCGGAGCAAGGAGCCGAUGAGGAGAGCAAGGAGGCGGAGGAAACUAAGAGUUCUCCUCUGGUUAAGAGAUCUAAAUCCGGCGGAGACAGGGCCGGGUUGACUAAGCGGAGAAAACUCCGGGUUAAACAACGUGGGAGAGACAGCACCAAGUCACCACCAGACCCAGACUCUGAACCAGGACAAGUCCAACCCUGGUUUGAGAUGGCGCUCACGUGCAAUCUCAUCCUCCGUAACCUAGUUGAUAAACACCCCCGUGGGAAUGAAGGUGUAAAACAGUCGCUAUGCCAGCUGAGAGAAUCUCUCGCCACGUGCACUCCUACUGCGCGGCUCAUCGUGAUAUGUGGGCUACCUACCUUCUACAGCAGAGAGCGAGUAGAGACAACAAUAAACAGGCUGUGUUGCCCCUACGGUGGGGUAGUUGAAGGGGAGAUAUUCGUACCCUCUCACCAUUUCCCUCUACCACCCUCCUCUAAAGACGAACAGCUCUGUAAAGGAGUUGCUGUUCUUCAACUCAACUGUUUUGAGAAGAUCAAGGAGGUGGUAGAAGUACUGCAGGAGAACAAGUUCCUGAAGGGUGAUGUGAGCGGAAGUAACGCAGAUAACAAUAGAGCGUACUGUGUCGUUACUCUCGGUCCUGACUUACUCUGCAGUUCGGACAACUCUGCCCUGAUCUCCAGUGCUGUGGAACUUUAUGCUACUCACAAACUCCUCACCCAUGAAGGUGAUCUGAACUCAGCUACUGAAGCUCUGCUAGCUAAUGUCUUCUCCUCGUGUCCCGGCAAAUCUCCCCUCAGCAAGGCUGCGUACAGCAACACAUCAGAAGAGAACAUGUUGUGUCCCUUCACGUCCCACUACGAGGACGAUCUGCUCUCCACCAUCAACUCCAUCUACAAAGAACACGGCGAGAAAGCAAACCCAGAAUCAGAGGAACUGUACCUCUCCAACUCUGGGUUCCUGACCUGGGCCACAGACCUGGCCACCAGCCGUCCUGUUCUCCUCUUGAGGUGUAUCCUGGCUACUGGACACGAUCUCCAGUACAACUUGUUGUAUCCUGUGGACUCUGAUUACCUCAACAAGCUCAACAAGUGUUGUCACCCCGAGGUUGACAAGACCAUUGUAAGAUAUGUUAACAGGCUGUGCAGGAGCCGGGGUGUUUCCUCCAACAGGAUAUUCCCCCAGGAGAUCCUGAUGACGAUAUCAGAUAGAUCUGACCCUGAGUUGGUGGCCUUGUUUAAUGUACCUAUAGAGUACUUAAGACUGAGGUUUGCCUUCUUACAAGUCAUCAACACAUCUGUCUCCAAACAUCUCCUCCCUGCUGUAUCCCUCAGUACUGUCGACCUGGCUCCUCACUCCAUCGGCUCCGUGCUCCUCCGAGGCAGGAACUUUCUGUUCUACGACGUGAAACUGGGGUACCUUAACUUUGUGAUAAACAGCACGGACAGAAGAUCAGGGGACAGUGUACCCCCGGAGAUCAUAUUCGAUCCUCUGACGUUCGUUUAUCAGACGGAAAGGGAGAUCGGCAACACUAUCAUAAUGUUGGCUAAACAGCAGCUCAGUCGCACCCCCUCUACUGAACUUUGUGUCAAGUUAGCGGCCGGAGGAGAUCCCAUAUUCCCCUUCAAUGUGAAACUGACUGGAGAGAACGUAGCGGGAACCAGUGGUAGUUUCAGGUACUUUAUCUGGUUAGUAGCUCAGGAGCUUCAGAGCUCUAGUCUACCUGUCCUGAUCGAGUGUCCGUCCGCCAGUGCUGGUGAGAACAAAGGCAAGUUCCUCCUUGCUCCCAAGAACAUUGAUUACCACGACGAAGCUCUUCUUCUCUUCUUUGGGAAUCUUCUCGGAGUGGCAAUGAGAAGUGAUGUUCCGUUCGCUGUGGACUGUUUGAGACCGUUCUGGACAAGAAUAUUGGGCGAACAAAUUGACUUCGAUACUGAUCUUCGACAGUCUGACAUUAUUACUUACAAUUUCUUGAAAGGACUGAAUUCCAUAACGUCGGAAGCAGAAUUCAAGGAGCUAGUUUCAAAGAUGUGUCCUACCCACUUUUCGAAUGAGGAGUGCUGUCCGGGAUGCCCCUACAAGUUCAGCUAUUCUUCCCUAGACGGUAGAGAUGUUGAGCUACGAGCUGGUAGUCCCAGAAUCACGUGGUCUAACCUGUCUCAGUUCAUAGAGUGUACCAGGGAGUUGAGAAACUGUGAGCUCUCCGCUGAGAACAUGAUCCCCUUGAUACAGUGCGGACUGGAAGCUGUCGUACCACUCGAGCCGCUCCGACUAAUGGGACCUGACGAUCUGCAGCUCAGAAUUUGUGGGCAGCAGAAUAUCGACAUUGGGUUUAUAAAACUUCACACCAUCUACCAAGUGGGUAUAUCACAGAGUGACAAACACAUUGAGUAUUUCUGGAACGUGGUAGAAAGUCUGUCGCAGGAGGACCUCCGGAAACUGAUAAAGUUCGCGUGUAACCAGGAGAGAAUACCUUUCUCCUGUCCUUGUCAGGAGAGUGGCCCGGAAGCGUCGCACGUUCCCCCCUAUCCAAUGAAGAUAGCUCCGGCUGAGGGCCGAGACGACAGGCUGAUCAGGAGCGAAACAUGCAUGUUCAUGAUAAAACUACCGCAGUACAGUAGCGAGGCGGUUAUGAGGGAACGGAUUUUACAGGCUAUUAACUGUAGGGACGAUCCUUUGAGUGGGUAGAAAUAGAUUUUAUCCGCAUGAGGAUUGUGAUAAGAUUAAAUAUUAGCUUGCAAUAAUUUACUUGAGACGAUUUAAAGGUGGAUUGUCAAUAGCGGGUAAACUAUUUUGUACACGUUUUACUGUCGAUUAAUGUCUUGAAUUGUCCAUCAGCGGGCCUGGUAUGGGACACUAAAUGUUGCAACUGGAAACGGGGCGAUGCACGUUUGUUUAUAUUUCUAAUCGAUUCGGAGCUUUCAAACUCGCCUGUCAAAACGAACGUGCCGCCACCACUGGUGAUAUUUAUCUUAGGAACGAUAUGAUUUUCUAUCUUCUGACUCAUGUGAUAAGAUGAAAGAGCUGAUUCAUUUUGUAAAAGGUGACCCUGAGUCAUGAGUUUAACGACUUCGGGAAUGUUUAUUAUGGAACUUCAAGAGGCUCCUUUGUAUUUUCUAGCAUGAUUUAAGUUUUGUUAAGUAAUACAUAAUUAAUACUCGAUCAUUUGGCUGGCGGAAAGAAUUCGGAAAAGAUUGUUUGAUUCAGUUGUUUUACAACUAAAACGAAUUAUGGUUUUUUUAUCACAGUUCGCUCAUAUAUUGAUAUCCUUUAAUGAAAGAGCUUGUGAAUGUGAUCUAGUUUGACAAAUUAGUGAUUUAAAUGUUGAUCAAUGACCUAAGUUGCAAUUAUUUCAUGUUGAAGGUGCUUUCCCAUCGCUAAAUGCGAUUGUAGAUUUGCUGUUAUCUGUUCAUUCUCGUAGUUGAAUGGCUAGUUAUUAAUUAAUUUUUGAAGAUCACUUUUGAAACAUUUGAUUAUGAUAUCAAGCUUUGCAAAUUUGUCAGCGAAACUGUAACGGUCUUUUUGAAAUGUAUAAAAUUAUUUGUCAAGCUAUUAUUAAUUCACUAUGUACA